CGUACACAGCAAUCAGUGACUUCAUUUCCGGCGGCGUGGAUUUUAUUUUAUUUUUCGCUCGCUUUUAGCAAACUCGCUCUCGACCAACACCCACCAAACAUCACAUACAUUCAAUACAGACAGUGUUAUGGAUCCACAAACACCCAGAGACGAGAAGCUUUCUGCUUUCUGCGAAGCUUUGGGGCUCACCCCAGCAGCUGAUGAUGAGAAUGAACUUUCUAUGGAUUCUUCUGAUCCGGAUUCUGCCGACAGUGAAGAUGAAGCGGAAUUUCUUGAGGGCAUCGAUCCACUCCAGGAUGAAGGUGAUGAUGUGGAGGAGAAAGAGGAUGAGGUGAAUGAGGAGAAGGAUGAAGAAGAGAAAAAGGAUGAGGAGGGUGAAGAUACUAUUGUACCUUCUGUUGUGGCGGAAGGAAAAGGGAGAAACGGAAGUCGGAAGAGUCCGUUUAAGGCAAAUAAAAGAAAGCGCUCCAGGUCAGAAACACACUCAAGUUAUAACGGCAGAUGGAAAACAGAAAAGGAGCCUGACCAUUUGCCACGUCCUCCACUCCAUUUCUUACCAAAAAGAAAGCCAGGUGUGCAGCCACCACUUUCAUAUAGCAAAAGUAAUCCAUGUCCAUCAGAGAUAUUCAAAAUGUAUUUCGACCAGACUACCAUCAAAAUUCUGUGUGUAAACACCAACAAAAAUGCAGCAAGACAUUUGGCUGCUGGGAAAAAUUUUAAAUGGACUGACGUCACAGAAGGGGAAAUGUAUCGGUAUAUUGGGCUCACACUGUACAUGGGGAUUCUGAAACGGCCACAGCUCAAAGAUUUCUGGAGAACCUCCACAAUAUUCCAGGUUGCGUACCCCUCCCAAGUAAUGUCCAGAGAUCGGUUCUUAAACAUCACUACCUACAUGCACAUGAGUGACCCUCUGGCUGAUGCUGUCAAUGACGGCAAGAAAGGCACACCUGAAUAUGACUGUCUUCACAAACUGCGGCCCCUGUAUGACAGUUUGCUGAUUGCCUGCAAAGCUGUGUACCACCCCCGGCAAUACCUCUCUGUUGAUGAACGCAUGGUAGCCACAAAAGCAAAAACUAGCCUGAAGCAAUAUAUAAAAAGCAAACCAACAAGGUGGGGGAUAAAACUUUUUGUGCUGUCUGACAACACAGGCUACACCGUUGACUUCCAGAUUUACUCUGGGAGGUCCCGCCAGCCUUCUGGAAAGGGGAUGUCCUUUGAUGUUGUCAUGUCUCUCAUCAAAAAAUCCUACCUCGGAUCUGGGUACCACAUUUACUGUGACAACUUUUACACCAGCCCAACGCUGUUCAGUCACCUUUACGAGCUCGGGUUUGGAGCAUGCGGGACAUUCAGAAGCACAAGAAUUGGUGUCCCGAAAACAACCGAGAAUGCCCUGACAAAAAAAUCGCCACGAGGGUCUAUUAGAUGGAUCAGAGAGGGACCUCUCAUUUUUGUCAAAUGGAUGAACAUGAGGGAGGUGAGUAUAUGUUCUACCCUACACACUGCCUUUUCAGGAGACACCAUCAAAAGAAUGGAAAAGGUCAAAGGAAAACUUCAAGAGCUCGAGUUUCCAGUGCCGCCAGCCGUCAUGGACUACAACCGCUACAUGGGGGGAGUGGACUUGUCAGACCAGCUGAUUGGCUCCUACUCUUCACGGCGAAAGAGCAGAAAGUGGUACAUGACGAUCCUGCACCAUUUCAUUGAUAUUGCUGUAACAAACAGCUAUCUACUUCACAAAGAGAUGUGUGGUAAACUGGAGGAGCGGGCAAUGACGCACCAGCAAUUUUUGGAGCAGCUGACAACUGAGCUCUGUGGAGUCUCACAAAAAGUCCAGAAGAUGAGCUAUGACCACUUGCCUGUUGCAAUCGUUGAGGGGGCAACUGGUGCGAAGAAAACAUCUGAGGGGCGCAGAAAGUGCAGGCUUUGUAAAAGAUCUACUCCCUUCAUGUGUGAAGCAUGCAAACUUCCUCUGUGCGUCAUUGUGGACAGGAACUGCCACAAGGUCUACCACAGCUCCAGUAAUAAAAAAUAAUGUCCUUGUAAGAUGAUGAAUGACACAAUGUCAUAUGUAGAACACGGACUGUGCUGAUGUAAAACCGUUUCUUUGUGUUUUUAUGUGAUUUAUGCAAACUGGGCCCAACAUACAAAGUUCCUGAGACACUACUGCUACUCUACUGAUAAAAACGAGAAAUUGUUUUGUUCUUGGUUAUGUAUGCACAUG